AUGAAUACGUUUCGUGGCAUUCGCUUGGAGAUACCUUACACUCCGUACUGCUUGUUUAUGAAAAGUCAGAAAGCUAAAUGUGACAGUAACAUAAUGUAUGGACUGUGCUUUCGGCCUGCUGCUGAAAAGACCCAUCUCGCGUUUACCAAACGGCAAAGGCGGCAGUCAAAGGGAUGCGUCACGUUAUGA